AUGCGGGACAUUAAAGUCGAUACGCGACGCCACAGCCGACAAUGCAUUGUUCUAUGUUUCGUAGGAAUCCAAAUUAAGGAGGCCCUUGCGCGAGUAAUACUUUCGGAGUCUGUCAGCUCCGCAUCCGACACAGAUCCGGGAGAGGGAGUGGAUUUGAGAGCCUGGCCAGCGGGGUAUUGA